AUGAGGGACACGAUUCGGGACUCAGCCUUCGGCAAGUUAGUUCGUUUCUUGUCUGGUUACAAGCUUUUCCUGUACCCAGAGGAAGAUUAUCUUUCGGGGUGGCAGAUAUACCUACAGUUACCUGAGCCCCGCGAAGAAGGAACUCAAGCGACUAGUAGCGAGCAACUCUGCGAGCAGUAUGGGCUUUGGACGGUUAUGUCGCAAGCUACCCACCGCAAGCGGGAAAGGCCCCCUCUAAGAAGUGUUUUGGCAGGUCCAUGGCGUGGAAUAGAGGAGGGGUCGCCUGUGGUAGUUGGCUGGGGAGCUUUGGAUGAUAGCGAGAAUCCACAAAAUUGGAGCGUCAAGAAAAAGAGCCUAGUCACUCUACUUAUUUGCCUUUUAACAUUUUCCAUCUACAUUGGUUCGGCCAUCUACACACCUGGAAUCCCUGGUGUGGCUGCACAGUUUGGCGUGAGUCGGGAAGCUGCAGUUCUUGGCCUCUCAUUGUUUGUGCUAGGAUACGGACUCGGACCCAUGAUCUGGGCACCAAUAUCAGAACUUCCUGCAGUAGGGCGAAGUCCGGUAUAUGUUGGAACACUAGUAGUGUUUGUUUUCUUUCAAUUCGCAGUUAUAUACGCGAGGAACUUCGGCAUGCUCCUAGCAUUUCGGUUCCUAACCGGCUUCCUAGGCUCGCCUGUUCUUGCGACAGGGGGGGCCUCUAUUGGAGAUAUGUGGGAUCGCAGAGUUCGCGACUAUAUGAUAGCAAUCUGGGCAUCUUUUGCCAUUGCCGCUCCCGUGCUAGGUCCUCUCGUUGGAGGUUUCGCUGCCUCCGCCAAGGGCUGGACGUGGACUAUCUGGGAGCUACUUUGGGUCUCCGGCUUUGCCCUGGUCCUUGCUUUCUUCUUUCUGCCCGAGACAUUUGCCCCCAACAUCCUCAGUCGUCGAGCCCGACGUAUUCGACGGAUCUCUAGCGAUCAGAGGUAUGCGUCUGAUGCUGAGAUUGAAGUUGCCCAUGUCGCUCCCAGGGAUGUCCUCUUUGAAGCCCUCAUACGGCCGUUUGUGCUUUGCUUCCUUGAGCCCAUUGUUUUUCUCAUGAAUCUCUACAUUGCUCUUAUCUAUGGAAUUUUAUAUAUCUGGUUUGAAGCCUUUCCGAUAGUUUUUGAAGAAAAACACGGCUUCAAUCCAGGAGAAACUGGACUAGCAUUUCUGGGUAUCAUGGUAGGGGCAGUAUUUAUUGCACUUCCAGUUUACUUCUACUGGAAAUGGCGCUGGCAAUCCAGGCGGAUCGGCCCAAACGGCUAUCUUUCCCCUGAAGAACACCUUCCUCCAGCAUGUCUUGGAGCUGUGUGUUUGCCAAUAUCGCUUUUCUGGUUUGGGUGGACAGGAAAUUUUACAAGUAUCCAUUGGAUGGUGCCUAUUAUUGCUUCUAUGCUAUUUUCAUUUGGGGGCUACCUUAUCUUUAAUGGCAUUUUCUGCUACGAAGCACAGGCGUAUCCGAGAUAUGCAGCCUCAGUUCUUGCUGGGAACGACUUCUUACGAUCAUCUUUCGGUGGUGGAUUCCCCCUAUUUGCAACCCAAAUGUUCCAUAAUCUAGGUGUAGGCUGGGCUUGUACAUUGCUUGGUUGUUUGACCGUGGUUUUCAUACCAUAUCCCUUCUUAUUGUACGUAUUUGGGGAGAGGAUUCGAAUGAGAAGCAAAUAUGCCCAGCACGGUAAGUAAAAGAAGCCGAGCUUUUGGGAUAGGCACGGGGAUCCGGC